AAUAAUUAUUGAACUUUGUGGAAAAAAAAUCCCAAACAAGAAAAUAAGAAAGGAAAAAUAGUUUGUUAAAAAUUCUCCAUGAUUGUGUGUGUGUGUGUGAGUGUGUUUAAGUGCUAAAAAGAGAAGAAAGAAAAACUCAAAAUUUUAAACAUGUCGGCAGCCGGCAUUAAAGUAGCAACAACAACAACCCCAAAUACACACACGGUGGCUGCUGCCGACGAAUGUGAUGUGAGAAUUAAAACAACAACGAACAGUGAAGCCGACUGUGCGCUUUAUUCAAAAAUCGGGGCAGAAAAUUCUUCAUUUUCUACUUUGAAUUCAUUGAAAGAACAACUAACAUCAUCUUGCUCAGCAAAUGAGUUGCAACAAAAUAAAGUUCCUUUAGAAAAUUCUCAACUAAAUAAUCGACAGCUGCGCGAAAAUGAAGCGGAAGAAAAUUCAGCAGCACCCAACAGGGACUUGAGUAGUGAAUUUCCCAACAAUCAUCUCCAGCAGGGCGAUUUGGACAACACCUCAGCGACACAACUAAGUCCCGGUUUAAGUUUGCUGCAACAAACUGCAGCGGCAUCAUCACCGCCACCACACAGCUAUAGGCAUUCAAGAGCCUAUCGUCAUUUCAAAAAUCCUCCCCAGCCUCACAUGUGUAUACGUACAACGACAGAAGCUGGCGAGGAAUUAUUUAUUAAUGUUCUAAGUUGGACACGUAUUGUGAUACCUCAGGAACCAAGUGAUCCAAUACCGCUAUAUGGUGGUAUGAGGGUUCCUCCGGGUAGUCCUCGCAGCCCUCCCAUAGUUUUUGCUGUUAUGGCAAAUCCUGAAGUAUUAAAAGAUUCUGGUCGCCAUAGUAAAGAUCCAGAAGAGCGUCGUGCAAUGGUUGAAUUAAUGUGUGAUUUUGUUGAAGCCAUGAAUCCUGGUGUUAAACUCGUACGUAACGCGGUUAUUUUAAAAGAUCGUGACAUAUCGGGCGAGUUAAAAGAUGUCUGGAAUGCUGUACAAGCUCAAAGAGAUCGAGAACGUGAAGAGCAAAUGCUACUGCAACGCCAACAGCAUCAGCAACAUUUCCAUAAUUUAACAAAUGCUUCAACAAAUGGAAGUCUAAAUGCAAAUACUUCUCUAAGUACCGCCAAUAAUUCAGCUAAUGCAACAGCAACUUCCCAGCAAAUGUUUCCCAAAUCUGUGCACAGUGGUGCUGCAGGUGAAGCCAUGUUAAUGGCAGUAGAUGGAGGAACACCGCCUAGAAGUAGAAAAAUUAUACACGAAGUACAAAAUGAUAACAAUGCAAGCAAUACAGAUAUAGAAAUGGACAUAGACAUGCAAAAAGCAAACAAUAGCCAACUAUCGUUGGCCUUGUUGGCCGAGCAUUUGGACAAUAAAAUGUCACUAGUGGUGGAUGAAGAGCAGGGAGAGGAGAACCAGCAGACGCAACAACAGAACAACCAAAAUACAUUAACAAAUGAUGCCUUAAGUAAUGGAAACAAUAGCAAAGAUUCCUUAGUACAGGAGAGGGGAAAUAAAAUGGACAUAAAUAAUCAAUUGAAUGCCAUCAACUGCAAUAAAGACUCUAAGCAACAACAACAGCCAGCAUUAACUAAUGGAACUGUCGCAAAUUGUAAUGAUAUGGAAGUAACGAAUGUAACAAAAACUAUUAUUGCUACAAGUACCCCCCCAAAUGCCACCAUUUCAGCCAUUCCCGCCCAAAAUCCAUCAACAACAACAACAAAUACUGCAGCUCCUACUCCUAUUCCAGCGCCCACACCACAAGCUCCCACUAAAAAAGAAAAAUUGGGAGGUUUCUUGCCAAACGGUUGUAUCUUUCCACGUUUCACUAAAAACAACAAACACAAAGAUAAGGACAAGGACAAAGAAAAGGAAACAAAAACAAAGGACAAAGAGAAAAAUGUUUUAUUGAGUGCUUUAAAAAAAUCCAAGGAUAAAAAAACAAAUUCAACAACUGCGGCAGCAGCCGCCGCCGCUGCAGCAGCACUAGCCGCAAAUCAGGAUGAAAAAAUUACCUCUUCAAAUAGUAACACUACUGCCGCCACCACCCCCAAUUGUACCCAAACAAAUAAUAAACAACAAAAACAAAACUGCCUCCAACAAUUGGAAUGUGGAGUACAAAAAUUGGACUUAAAUAAUCAUCAUCAUCAUAAUCAAGCUCAUACUAAUGAUAACAACAUCAAUAAUACAGCAAAUACUACCACCACAAAUAACACAAGUGCCACCAACAAAAGCAACAGUACAACUAGUAGCACUAGUGGUGUUGGUGUCCAUUAGUUUAUAAAUUUAAUGGACAACUGCAGCAGUACAGCAGCAGCAGCAGGCCAGCCGA